AUGGGCCAAGGCUCCAACACUCAAAGCGAGCAGAAUGCCGUCGGCGCAGGCAUCGCUCACGUCUUGCCAAACGACGGAGUCGCUUGGUACAAGAAAGGCCACCUGCGUCUGCUCAACUACUAUGCCGUCUCCUUGACACUUCUGGCUGCCGCCAAUGGAUAUGACGGCUCCAUGAUGAAUGGACUGCAGGCGUUGCCGCAGUGGCACGACUUCAUGGACAACCCCAAAGGCGCGUGGCUCGGCUUCAUCAAUGCAAUCCAGGCCCUUUCUUCGACUUUGGCCUAUCCGGCGGUUGCCUACUUUGCCAACCGAUGGGGACGAAAGCGAGGCCUCUUGAUCGGCUACUUCUUUCUCUUCUUGGGAGCUUUCUUGCAAGCAUUCACGCCGAAUUCAGCAGGAUUCAUCACUAGCCGAUUCUUCCUCGGCCAGCCCAGCGCGUGGUGGUCUGGUCUUGCGCCUCUUCUGAUCACUGAACUCGCAUACCCGACCCAUCGAGCGUUCCUCACAUCCUUGUACAACUGCGGCUGGUAUGUCGGAUCGCUUCUGGCUGCUUGGGUGACUUAUGGAACCCGAAACUACAACGAUUCCUGGUCGUGGCGUAUUCCCUCGCUGCUCCAAAUCGCCAUCCCGAUUGUCGCCCUCCCCGCCGUUCUCUUGGUCCCCGAAUCGCCCCGAUACCUUAUAUCCAGGGGACGCGCGGAGGAAGCAAAACAGAUCGUUCGCAAGUUCCACGCUGGUGGCGAGGAUAACUCCGCCUUGGUCGAUUUCGAACUGGACGAGAUUGAGUGCGUUAUCCGAGAGGAGAGCGAUAACGCAUCCAGCACCUCCUGGGGAGACUUAUUCAACACGCCUGGAAACCGCCAUCGCGCAGCCAUUUCCAUUUCACUCGGUGUCUUUGCCCAAUGGAACGGUGUGGGAGUGGUCAGCUAUUACUUGGCCCUUGUGCUACAAACUGUUGGUAUCACUUCCGUCACUGAUCAGACCCUCAUCAGUGGUUGCCUGCAAGUCUGGAACUUGAUCCUAGCCGUUGGAGCUGCUGCCAGUGUCGAUCGAGUUGGACGCCGCUUCCUCUUCCUCCUCAGCUCUGUCGGCAUGUUGGUCAGCUUCGUGCUCAUCUCAGCUUUGUCCGGGACAUUUGACACGACCGGCAACAAAGCGGCAGGUCUUGCCGUGGUUCCUUUCCUGUUUAUCUACUAUGGAUUCUACGACAUUGCUUUUACGCCCCUGGCCGUUUCCUACCCCGCCGAGAUUUGGCCCUACGCCCUGCGUGCCCGCGGCAUUGCUAUCACUCAACUGUCGACCUAUGCUGCCAUCUUCUUCAAUACAUUUGUGAACCCAAUCGCGCUGGAUAAAAUUGGAUGGAAAUAUUACGUGGUGUUUGCGGUUAUUCUGGUUGCCAUCACCAUCACCAUCUACUUCCUUUACCCUGAAACUCGUGGCCACAGUCUUGAAGAAAUGGCUGUGAUCUUUGAUAAGCAUGCCAUUGGUUUGGAGACUGGAGGGAAGCUCGCGGAGGAGGUAAAGUCCUCGCACAACGAGACAGUUUGA